CAACGCAAGCAAAGCUCUUGCUUGAGUUCUUAGUGGGCGUCUCAUGAACCCCUCUUUGGUUACCACACCCAGGGGAUCUUACAUGGAAUACUCGGUGGUGAACUUGGCGUUCAAGAUUUUUGAGAAUACUGAAGAGCGGGACCCCGGGGACCCGAAAGCACGUUUCUGGAUCUGAUAGGAAUAUGAGGAUUAUCACGGGUCCAAUUCCACCCUCUGUAGUGUGUCCCCCUUCCAAGGGGCCCGUUGGCGAUGCCGCUCAGGUGAAGGUGAAGAGGAAAUGUGGACGUCCCCGGAACCCCAUCCCUCGUCACAAGAGGGAGUCACACAUCAACGCCGAGCACCGGCGAAGGGGAAAGAUACAGAAUGGUUUCCAGACGUUAAAGAACAUUGUCCCCAAGAAUGGCGAAACGUCGGUGGGAAGAGACAGCAAGUCCGAUAUUCUGUUCAAAGCUGCCGAGCACAGCCGGAAGGUGAAGGCCGAAUGCGAGGAGCAGAAGACGAUGAUCACAGCUCUGCGGCAGGAAAUGGAUAUCCUCAAUGCUGAGAUUGAAGCAUAUCAAGCCUUUAUGCCUGACGGGAACCUGUUCGAGCCACCUCAAGUGAACAUGGAAGAGCGACUUAGUGAAUACAUCCAGAGUCGAACCCGAGACAGCUGGAAGUUCUGGAUUUUCAGCUUCAUAAGCCGCCCCCUCUUCGAAUCCUACAACCGUCUUGUCUCAACAACAACCACGGAAGGUUUUCUUCGCUCAGUUAUGGAUUGGGCCGCCUCCAACUUGUCUCUAGCUAAUCUUAGAUCAGUGGUGUUAGGCUCACUCCGGUCAAUCAGCACCCAGACCUCCAUCAUGAACGAACCUCUCAGCCUCCCUCAGGAAGCUCUCCAUCAAACCACAGGACUUUCCCUGGAUCCAGCCUUCCUCCAGUCAACUGUAGAACUUCUAGACAAGGACUUCUCACUCUCAGAUCCACUGUUCAAAGACUUGGCACUGCCAGAGCCAACCUACACAGCUCUCUGAUGCAAAGAUGCCUUAUAUGACAGUGUGUAAAAUAUUCUGUACGGACACACAGUUGCUGACUGACAAUCUGUCUGCUAUGCAAGAGCGGAUGUGUGCUACUCGGGGUAAAGAAAUGCCUAGACAGCUGAUACAUAAGGCUGUUGCACUUGAAGAAGUGGGUAAGACGACGCAAGAUCAGUUGAAUGAAAGAACCAAAGGUGUAACUUGUUCACAAAUACUUGGUUACUUUGUAGUUUGGGUGAAUGUUGAAACAAAGAAAUGCCUACAGAUCACUUCCAUACAUAACUUCAUUUUGUUUGCAUUGAAUGUUGUUUGCACAAAUGGGAAGCAAGAUCAGAGAUACCGCAGUAGAACUAAGGUGCAACUUGUUCACAGAUUCUUGCCUACCUUGACACUUUGUGUGAUUGCAUAAAGAAGGAAAUGCCUAAAGAUCUUUCACAUGCAUGAUUCAGUUCCUGUUUCUUGCUCAAAUCUUGCUUCCAAAUCUUUCGAAUUUCGCACAAUGUAAAAUCAUUUUUCCUCAUUCAUUGAAAAGGUACUAAUACUUUGGUUUAGGUGAUUUCUGAAAUCAUGUGCAGAAUAUAAUAUCCUUUGUUAGCAAAUGCAUUGUGACACCUCAUGAGUCAACAUCAGAAAACUCCAUUAGUUUCAGAUCUACUGAUUUUCAGACAUCCAUUCGUAUAUAGAUCUUCACCGCUAUUGUCCUUUGAUACCUUUUUCAGAAGAUUACCAAGAAUAAUUACUUCUCACAUUGAUGUUUUAUAUAGAAACAUAUAAGACAUAUGUUAACAUCCUAGAUGAAUCCUUCAAAACAGUAUGAUAUCAAGAAUGAACACAUUGUUUAAAAAGGUUUCACUUUAGACAGCGGAUAACUUCUUGGAGUGGCAAUUUUAGAAGUUGGAGCGUCAGAUAAAGACAAACUCUAUGGAUGAACAACUUCUUUAUUAGGUGAUGCGACUUUUUGAUACAGAUUCUUGUAUCAUUGCUGGACACUAAAUGAAGAAGUUAUUCAUCCAUAAAGCUUGUCAUUAUUGGCUUCACUUUACUUGGUAAAGAAUUAGAUUGAUCUAUAUUGCCACAAGGUUUCCACCAUAACAAAUGUCACAUUUACAGAUUGGAUGUGUAAUAUCCUGUUGUAGUUAGUGGAAGUUUAUUUUCUGUUUGGUAGUAGAAACAAGGGUACUAGGUUUAUGAAAGUAUAACCUACCUACAAAUGCUCAUGUUACCAUGACUAUUGGCCUCAGAUAUUCCUCAUACAUACUACUGCUUCCUUCUGGCUCAUAAGAUUCCUUAGACGUUUACGCAUGGUUGGAUAACAAACAUGAUCAUACAUUUAUCUGGAUAGAAUCAAACACACCUUACUUCAUAUUACCAUAUAAAAUAAAUUUUAAAAUCAUAUCCUGUAUUAAAAAUUUUGAUAGAGCACUUUUGGUCUAGCGCACAAAAUGACUCAACUCAGGAUAAAAAGACCAAAAGCAAUUCUCAAUUACAGGUUUGUUUCGUCACAAAACGUUAUAGGGCUUGCUUCCUCUGUCUGUCUCAUGAUGUGAGGAAAUAUCAACUGAACAUUUCACAGUCAAACUUUUAGAGUCAGCUAUUUUCACUUUAAUUAGUACCAAUCAGUUGACAUUUUUUAAAGAUUAAUAAGCAUUUCAAAUUAAUGACCGUGGUAGUGAAAUAACAGAAAGAGCCUUUUCAGCUUUGCUUAGAAUGUUUACUACCUAUUUGUUUAUAGUGACAUCACUUAUUAAAUCUAUCAUACCUUGUCACGUUUAAGAAAAUCUUGAUGAGUACAUUUAUAUGAUAUACCCACUUACAGUCAUCAGGAGUUUACCAAGGAACCCUCACCUUCCUUCUUAAAUGAUACCCUGCUAUUCUUUGCAACCCUGCCAUGCAUACCAUUCUUUGCGUCAAAGGUAUUAACAGAAUUCCUCAUUCUUUGACCAUACUCAUAGAAGACUAUUUACACAUACUCUAUAGUUCACAUAUAUACAAUAGAAGUAUUACUAAAGAAAUCCACACAUUAUCGUUUAUGUAUAUAGACAAAACUGUAUAGUUUACACAAAGCAGCUUCAUGACAUUUUCUCUCAUGCUAUCAAUUCUUAUUUCUUGAAUCAGAGGCUUAUUCAGGUGGAAAAAUAUAAACAAAUCAGCAAGGAAAAUCAACACCUGUAAUAUAUUUCUUUACAAGGUAUGUUGUUACGACAGAGAUAUAGUAUCCAGUUUACUUUUACCUAUUCAUUGCUUGCCAAACUGCUUAAAUGAAACCUUUAUUUCUCAAUGGGAGCAUAAUAUAUAUUAAAUUAAUAUUUUUAUGCUCAUGAUUAAAAUAGAUCAAAUUCAGAAUCAUCCCACAUGACAUAAUAUCAUCACAGAAUGUUCCACCUCUAAAAGUGCAAAGCAUUGUUAUUUGAUCUCAGUGUCUGGGAAAGCAAUUUGAUACCCAACGUAUGUGUAGAGCACCAAGUGUUUGAUUGAAUUUAUGUACAGAUUCAAGAAAUGGAAUGAAUUUUGUUUCAAACAUCUCACCAUUUUUUAUUCUCUUGUAUAUGUUUUUGUCUUUCACAUGUUUGUGAUAUUAUACAACCAUUUGGUAUCUUGCAUCAAGUAGGUUCUUGUUCAUACAAAAUAUAAAUUUAUAUUUGAGUUUUGAUAUAUCUGUGACAUGAUAUGAUGUAAGAGGAUACAUGACCUUCACAUUUCUUGAGUACCUCAAGUUUCCAUUUUAAAGUUUCAUAUUUUAAAGACUUGACAUCAUGAAACAAUUUGCUCAAUUGUAUUUGUGGAUAUACCUUGAUGACAUCAUAAAAAGAUUUCAAAAUUAUUUAACUCCUUCUUUCUAAACUUUUCAAUCUUAACAAUGAUAGCAUGUGGCCUAGUGGCCUAUGGCACUGCAUGUCACUGUGCAGGGUUGCCUCCCUUAAGACUUGUCAGGAUGCAAAGGCGUGUAUGAUCCCUGACACAAAGUAUUACUGAAAAUCUUUUCAAAAGAGCAUUUGAUCCUAAUCACUAUAGACAUAUUAGUAAUACAUCAUGUCAAGAAACCCAGUUAUAUCAUGGCAGGUGACACCAUUUACAAACACUUUCUAUCCUGGAACUGAGUGAGUGAGUGAGUAAGUUUGGUUUUAUGCUGCUUUUAGCAAUAUUCCAGCAAUAGCAUGGCAGGACAUCAGAAAUGGGCUUCACACACUGUACCCAUGGGAAUUGAACCAAGAUAUUUGGUGUUUGUUUUUGUGCUACCGGCUGUAGAAAUAUUCCUGUCAUAAUAUUAGCAGGCACCAAAAAUACAUCCAUGGAACCCAUAUUGGAACUGAACCCAGCAUGAUUAACCAAUGAUUUACCCACUAGGCUACCCAACUGCCCCAUAUGAAGUGAAAAUACAGAAUGCUUCUACCCCCUGCCCCAGUUGGAAAACUUUUGUCAAGUCAGAGUGGGAUUAGAUUGAUCCUGGCUAAGCUUCCCUAGCAUUCUUAUCUACAUGUGACAUCCCUUUGUUACCUGGUGAAUCGUUUGUAGGCCUGAAAUGCACUCAGCAUGCCUUUUCCAGCAUUGCUCUUCACUGCUGUACAUUAGAAAUAUGAUGAUUUGCUCACAUUAUAUUUCAACAUAAUACACACUGUAAAUAUUCAUCAAAAUUAUUCACCUGUAAAUAAUAAUGCAAUACGUAUUGAAAAUAUUAAAUAUGAUUCAUUAUCACAAACCAUCACAGUAACAGAAAAGCUACUACUGCUGAGGUUUUGAUACUAUUUCUCGUCAGGUAUCUUUUACACAAUCAUCAUUUCUCUUUGACAUAUCUUCAAGUUCCCAAUCUGCAGUGCCAGUUCUAAAACCCCUAACAUCAUUAUUAUUAUAGAAUCUAGAUACGUUUUCAGACACCAUCUUGUGAACACCAUGCAAGUGGGUUGGUCAUUCUGUAUGUCUUAUCACACAUCAUAACUGACCAUGUUCACACAUUGAAAACCACACACUCUUGUCCGACAAUCUUAUUCACACAUAAAUAUUUCAUGAAACAAAAUCAUGACUGUUGGACUCAUGAUAGAUUUGUUAAAGGUGUCAAUACUGUGGUUAACAGAAGUAUUUUAGAUUCGUUCAACUCAUAGAAUCUUGUAAAAUAUUCACUAGUGGUACUCAUUUUACAGUCAACCCUGUCACAUUGUGAUGUCAUCAUACCGUGCUGGAUUGUUGCUCAUGCUUUCAACCACUAGUUUGUCCUGCACUUAUCUGAUUAUUUAGAGUCUGAUAAAGUUGAAAUGUUGGACAUUGCGGCUCAAACUUUUCUAACAAUUGCAGGGGCGGUGGGGUAGCCUAAUGGUUAAAGCGUUGGCUCGUCACGCCGAAGACCCGGGUUCGAAUCCCCACAUGGGCACAAUGUGUUAAGCCCAUUUCUGGUGUCCCCCGCCGUGACGUUGCUGGAAUAUUGCUAAAAGCGGCGUAAAACCAAACUCAGUCAGUCAGUCAGUCAGUCUAACAAUUGCAACCAAACUCUUAAAAUUGUAGUGAGUGACUAUGGUUUUAUGCCGCUUGUAGCAAUAUUCCAGCAGUAUCACAUCAGGGUACACCAGAAAUGGCCUUCACACAUUGUACCCAUCUGGGAAGUCAAACCCGGACCUUCGGUGUGACGAGUGAACACUUUACCCGUUAGGCUACCCUCCAGUCCUCAUGUGAUACUUUUAUUCAUCACAAUAAUUAUCUGUUCAACCAAAUUAUGCUAUUUAACAUGAAACUGUUUCAUCAUGUACAAAGCCUGUUGUUAAUGCCUGGAUAUACACCUUUCAUUCUCAGAAAAUAUAGGGCACUCUGUUCCUAAUUAGAUAGUUUACACAUCCAACGGACUAUUGGCCAUGCAGGUCAGUAUCAUGUCAGAUGAUGUCAUAGGUCAUAUAUUAUGAGGCUCAUAAUUUCAGGGAAAAUCUGGGAAAGUCACAAAAACAAUUUGAUAGUAUUCACUGUAUUUUACAUAAAUUAUGUACAAAUGUACAUAAAAGAUUUAUAUUUACAUUAUCAUAUAUAUUACAUUAACAUAUCUUCAUUUACAUACAGAUAUAUAUCUAAAUAUCUUCAUAUACAAAGAAAUCCUCCAUGCCUGCAAACAGUGGUGCAGAUGUUUAUGACAUCUAUCUUGUGCAAAAUGACUUGUCAUAUAUAUUUUAUAUGAAUUCCAUUGUUUUAUUGAGAAUAAAACAUUUUAUUAAUA